UUCGUAGUUAACCAAAGGAGGAGGCAUUGUUUAACCAAAAAGUGUUCUUCUGUUCGUCUUUACUUUCUUUCUUUACAAACACUUGCAGCGGGGAUUUGGCGAUCUCUUUCUGUAACACCUGCACAUUCAUUACCUUAGAUCGGAAACCAUGAUACACUUUGUGCUCCUUAUCAGUCGACAAGGAAAAGUGAGGUUGACAAAAUGGUAUUCACCAUAUUCCCAGAAGGAAAGAACUAAGGUGAUUAGAGAGCUUAGUGGAGUGAUUCUUACACGAGGCCCUAAGCUCUGUAAUUUUGUAGAGUGGAGAGGGUACAAAGUUGUAUAUAAAAGAUAUGCCAGCCUUUACUUCUGCAUGUGCAUUGAUGAGGAUGACAACGAACUAGAGGUCCUUGAAAUAAUACAUCAUUUUGUUGAGAUACUGGAUCGCUACUUUGGCAGUGUAUGUGAGUUGGAUUUGAUCUUCAAUUUCCAUAAGGCAUACUAUAUCUUGGAUGAGCUUUUGAUUGCCGGGGAACUGCAAGAAACCAGCAAGAAAACAGUUGCACGACUUAUUGCAGCACAGGAUUCAUUGGUGGAGACUGCAAAGGAGCAGGCUGGUAUAAUCAGUAAUAUUAUUGCCCAGGCCACAAAAUAGUCUUCCCAAGUUUGGUCUUUGUUUAUAGAAUAUAACGGAUCUUUUGCAACCUUCUGUACUAUUUUAAUCUUUUCUGACGGUUUUUUUACUUUUACUUUCUCAUUUUAAGCAAUCCUUUGUAUCAUCUGAGUGUUGGUUGUUGUCAAACUGGUGGGAGCUAUAAUUAGAAGUAAAACAUGAGGUGCUUAUUUUUCAAACCUGAUGCAAAAACUUUUAUAGAUGAACAGGUGAAACUAUAAUUAGUAGGGCGCAUUUUUGGUGAA